GUUCCAGAACUUCGGAAGCUUUGCUGCUGCAUGUCAACUGUUGUUUGCUUCUCCAUCAGCAUUUCCUUCAGAAGUGCAGAAGGAUUGUUACUCACUGGUCAAGGAUCUUUCAUGCCGGCUGUUCGACUCAAAGGGUGGCAACUUGUUUUGGGGGCCGUCCGAGCCGCAAGGAGCUGAUUGCCCUAGAUCUUACCAUUAUAGCAGCGCACGAAAGUCAGGCCGUUUUCUGCGAUUGAUCGGCAGCUCGGCACAGAUUCUGCUCAUUCGUAUUGGUACUUAGUCAGAAGGAACUGAUUGAUACAGGUUCUUGCCACCAAACAAGAAGUUUAGCUGGGUCCCUCUCAUAGAUUCCUUUGGUGGAUCCCUUCAGCCUGAGUGUGAAAGGCACGUAGUCCAGGACUCUACCCGUGGUGAGCAGCAGAACCUUCCUUCCUAACCAAUGGCAACUGUCACGCGCCGGACCAGAGGAGCGCACCAGGAUGGCAAUGCUGUCACACCAACGAAGACUGACGUCAGCACAACCAAUGCUGACAUGAAGACUGAGGACUUCGCCCCAGUCAUUGAACAAACCGAAGAUCACGUUGUGCUCGACCUCAAGAACGGCCACCCGUGCACUUUCUCCACCAUCAUGACCCUUUUCUGGUACCACUUGUUCAUUUUCAGCCCCCUCGCACCACCCAUCAUCUACGGCGCUCUGUACCUUCUGUACCGGCAGCUUGGAUAUGGGGUUUGGGUGGUGUGGUUCCUGCUUAACCUGGUCUUGUUCUUAGUGCCCCCGUACUAUAACCGGGCCUUCCGUCAGAAGCACCUAAGAAAGGUGUAUAUCCCUCUGGCGCACUACGCAAAGUCUAGCAAAGUGGUUCUGCCAGCGAAGCGUUUUCCGGAGGACCGGAGUUACAUUCUGGGAGUGCACCCCCACGGAAGAGUGAUGUACAGCACAUCAUUGAUUAGCCAGGUGUAUGAUGUGUUCACGCGAGUGCUUCCGGACAAGGGGGACCUGUUUGGCGCCGCAGCGGGGGGGUUCUUCAAUGUCCCAAUCAUCCGUAACUGGUUCUAUGCUUUGGGGGCAGUUCCUGCAGGGAGGUCUUCUCUUAAGAAGCAGCUCAACAAGGGGAACAAUAUUUUGAUUGUUGUGGGCGGUGUAAAGGAAGUGUGCAUCCCGACGUACCCCGACAAGGACGUGCUGUAUCUGAAGAAGAGGCUCGGCUUCAUCAAGCUCGCCAUGGAGACCAACGCGGGUGUGGUCCCUGUCUAUUUGUUCAAUGAGAAUUCGUUGUUCGAGUCCCAGCCGCUGUGGUUCCUCAAGUUCUGGGAGAAGGCAAACCGCUACGUCAACGUGGGGGUGCCGUUCUUCCGGGGGAUCUACCACCUGCCCUUUCCGUUUCAACGAGAUUUGAUUAUCGCAUUUGGGGAGCCCCUCUUCGCCAAGGAGGGCGAGAGCGCGGAGAGUUUCCAUGCACGCUACAUCGAAGCGCUGCAGAACCUUUUUGACAAGUACGUGGGCAUGACGGUAAACCCAAAACACAAGUUGAUCAUUACAUGAGUAACGACUGCCAUAAUCACACUGACAGUUCGCUAGAAGUCUCCUAGUCCGACAUAGUUGAACGAAGUAGAGCUUCGAAAUUUGGAUGCACCACAGACGUCCACAAGUGAGACCAAUUACGAGUGUGCGUGAAGACACCGCAACUGUCAAAAUUCAAAAAGUUACAAACAGUUAGUCACGUCGUACAGUUGGCCACGCAAUUUUGAAGUCCCCUACACCAUUGUGAAAAAUAGAAGAUGGGUCAGAUUGAUUCUUGAAGUAUGGUGCUUCAAGCUAUAGUGCUUCAAGGCUUGAAUCCCUGCGGGUAGCGUCACUGCGCUGCUGUGUGUCUGCUUUCUGACGUCAAAACAAUUAUCAAUACAAAAAACGAAGCGAACAUCAGGUGCACUCGUGUGGGC